AUGGCUGCGGCCCUGCGAUCUGCGGGCGUCCUGCUCCGCGAUCGGCGUAAGUGGGGCCGUGGCGGCCGCCGCCGACUCGGGGACAGCGGGCCGCGGACGCCGGGGCCCAGGAGCCUGGGGAACGUCCCGGACCGGCGGCGGGGGGCGCAGAGGGGCGGAAAAAGGAUCCGGAAAGGGGGCCUCCCCUGGGAGGAGCGAGAGGGGGGCAACGUGGGUCACCGGGGGACCCUGAGCGGCCGCGGGGAGGGGUUCCGGAGCCCUGUGGAUCAGAAAUUGCUUUCCAGCGAGAUUUCAUGCUGCCACUUUAAUUUUGUCACAGUGCUGUACCGCGGCUCAAGGGCCCGUCAGCCGUGGAGGUGCCAGUCGGGUGCGGCCACAGCGGCGGCCGCCACGGAGACCGCCCAGCGUGCCGGAAGCCCCAAGCCUCAGGCUCAGCCCGGGAACAGGAAGCCAAAGACUGGAAUAUUGAUGCUGAACAUGGGAGGCCCCGAAACCGUCGAAGAAGUUCAGGACUUCCUUCAGAGGCUCUUCUUGGAUCAAGACCUCAUGACACUCCCUAUCCAAAAUAAGCUGGGACCAUUCAUCGCCAAACGCCGAACCCCCAAAAUUCAGGAGCAGUACCGCAGGAUCGGAGGUGGAUCGCCUAUCAAGAUGUGGACCUCCAAGCAGGGGGAAGGCAUGGUGAAGCUGCUGGACGAGCUGUCCCCGCACACAGCCCCGCACAAGUACUAUAUUGGAUUCCGGUACGUCCACCCGUUAACAGAGGAAGCGAUUGGAGAGAUGGAGCGGGAUGGCCUGGAGAGAGCGGUCGCCUUCACGCAGUACCCCCAGUUCAGCUGCUCCACCACGGGCAGCAGCUUAAAUGCCAUUUACAGAUACUAUAAUGAGGCGGGCAAGGAGCCCACAAUGAAGUGGAGCACGAUUGACAGGUGGCCAACGCACCCCCUCCUCAUUCAGGUAAGCCGGCCUCUGCCAGCUGCCCACCCCAGCUUCUGGUGUGGGCCAGGCUCUUGUCCCAGCCUGCUUUGUGGGUGUCCUUCCGAGCCUACUGUUCUCUUCCUUAAAUCGUGUGCUGGGGAAUUAAAAAAAAGGUAUUUGAGUCCUGAUUUAUUAUGCCAGGAGAAAAGAAAUGUAAAGGUUAAACUCUUACCUUUCUUCAGAUUAAUAGUAUUAACUGCAAACUAUAGCAGAAUUAUAUUUUGAAUUUUGUAUUUCACAGUGACCAAAAGAACGUUAAAGAAUAUGCAAGGGAAAAGAAUUAUGCAGGGUGUUUUAUCUAAUCUCCAUUCAUAGACUGAAUAGCCAACUAAUAGAUUCUCUAUUUUCUAAAUCUGUUAAAAUAUCAAGACUUAAAGAUUUUAAAGGGAAUAUAUCUACAUGCUCUGAAACACAGAAUAAAUUUAACAUUUCAAUUGAGAAAAUAUCAUAUAUUAGAAGAAGUUUCAUAUGUCCCCUAUGCAGUUUAUAUACAUAAUAUUUAUAGUAACAGAUGCUUGGUUUUAGGAGAAUAAGUUAAAACUACAAUUCCAAAGCUUUGAAAUGGUGUUAGGAUAUACUUUUUCACUCUUUAAAUAUGGGAGUACUAGUGGGGAUUGUCCGUCACACACACACUGCCUGGUUCUGUUGGCAGAAGUUUUCUACCUUUGAGUUAGUUUAGGUAGAAGAAAUAGUAAGUGACGUGGGGCUCAUCUAGUUUAUGUUUCAUCCCUCGGAGGUUCUCACUCAGGCUAAAUACCUGCUUACACACUUUUUUUUUGAAGCCUGGAGUCCCUUCCACCUGUAACCACUAGAUGGUGGUAGACCUCGUGGGACGCCGGCCGGCUCGCCCCUGAGCAGUCCGUGUGCAUAGGUGCUGUCAAGGGUUAACGCAGAGGCUGAAAUUCAGUUUUAAGCGAGAAGUGGGCAGAAGGCACCUCCCCUCAGGGAUGGGUGUCGUUUUGGUCCAGGUGUGGUGUCCCCACCGAGUGUGCUCUUUCCGGGGAGGCGGUGCCCGUCCAGACUGCCUGCAGCCCCAGCCUGGCCUGCAUGCUUUGCUCCGGAGGCCCGGGCUUGGGAACGAGGGGUGUCUCAGGUCAGCGGUGCCAUGUGGCAGCAGAGAAGCGGGGAUCUGUGCAGCAUCUGCCUGCCCUGAUCGAGGCGGUAAUUAGAUUUGCAUUAAAAUUCAGUCCUUUGAAAAGGGGGGAAGCCGAAAGAUGGAAAGGUCUCUUAACUGAGGAAGUCUCCCUUCAUAAAAUGAAAGGGAAUUUUAGAGGCAUUUAUCCGCCCUCCUCGAUGGUGUGAUUGAAGGCUCUGAGAGCCGCCUGCCGCUUUCAUUCUGCAGAGGGGCUGCGCCUGGAAAAUACCGCAGAUGGGUUUUAGAUGAUUUCAGGGCACUUCUGCUUGCCCACGCCUCCUCGGUGCUGCAGACGGCUUAGAGUCUGCUGUAAGCCGUAAGAAAUUGUGUCUCUACUUGCAUGCAAGAUGAUAAAAGGAGAAAUCCUACUAAAAUCUUGAGGAAACAGAAAUUUAGAGUUUAUUAGUAUUAUGUGGAUUACACGAGAAGAUUUGAUAUCUAGUGGAAAUG